AUGGCGUCCUAUUAUAUGGAGAAAGAAGAGAUUGACUCCUAUGAAGGUGAUUGGAACCAAGACGAGGAUGAGUACGAAGACAUGAUAGAAGAGGAGAAUGACUAUGGGAGACAAACGUGGUAUGAGGAACGUGUUUCCAGUUCUGAUUGUGGAGAAGAACCUGAUGGUGAAGAACUGGAGCCGGAGCCACCUGAUUGUUAUCCAUCUAGUCAACGUGCCGAGCCUUACACUUACAUGCCUCAAGCAACGACCAAAUGGAACCAACCAAGUUUAGGGUAUUAUGAGGACUGUUAUAACCAAAGUACAGAAGAUUACCUAAGGUGGAAAGAGAUCAUGGAGGAAAAUUUUCAGUCUCGUCAAGUGCCUAUGGAGGAGCAGCUCUCAUAUGCUCUUGAUGCACUCACUGGACCAGCUUAUGAGUGGUGGGAGCAAGAGGAGAAUACCCGAGUCAACUAUAAUGAGCCAGCUCAUACAUGGGAAAGUUUCAG